GUUUGUUCUAUACAAAUGUUGUCUCCGAAACUUCCAGUCAGACUUCAAAUGAACAUGCUUCAUGAAUCAUACGAACAGGUUCGACCACGUCCACUGUUCCAUCCCAACAGUUGGUCCUCGCCCUCACCCACUGUCAGACCAAGACCUCCGCCGCCACUGCUCCUCCGUGAAGAGAUGGCAGAGUCUCAUCAAGACGAGGACAUGACGCAGCUUGUCACUUCCAUGUUAAGCUGCGCGCUGUCCGAUGAGGAACCCCCAGUAGAUUUGGCGCAGCUGAGGCAAAGGGUCGGCUCUUUGCCUAUCCUACAAGAACAGCCUCACCACCCAGAGGUACCGCAGCAAAGCAGCAGCUUGGGAGGGCCAACGAGGGACGAUGAAUUGUUGGAGGCCAUCAGGGACCUGCGGAGGAGAAGGUCAACGCGGCCCAAAGUAAUCAUCCCCAGGCCAUCCUUCGGGAAUCCUGCACCACCAGCUAGGCGCAGGUCCGACCCUCCACGAUUGUCGCAGGCAAGCCAGACCAUAGCUCCGGCCAUUAAAAAAAUGCCGGAAGAGACUCGUUCAUUUCCUGUUCCGUGGGGGAGACGUCUCCGUACUGCGUCUGUGGAAACACAGACCGAAAACUUUGCUUCUGUGGUGAGGCGGCGGCACCAUGCAGUUCCUUCCUGGGACCCAAUGCCAGAGGAAAUGUUUGUGAUGGAUGAUGUGAGUGAUUCGCCACUGAAUAGUUGGUCAAUGGAAAGUUCCUUCGACACUCCUAGACAAACUAACGUGAGCUCCAACAAAUACGCUGACACGACAUUUCUCAACAUAUCCUUCGAAGAAGUCUCCCUCUCUGACCUCGCUAGCAAUUACGCAUCGUUGUCGCAGCCACGAGCAGCCUCCUGGUCCUCGGCACUGCCCUCCUCCACCGAUGUUGAGGUGGUUCAUUACUCUGUCAUUCUGCAGAACCGCACAGUGGCGACCAAUACCGAUCACGUUGGCUGGAGACGUUCGCAGAAGAUUCACCGUAACCGUGUUCGAAGCCGGGGCGUUGCACUGGGGUGGAGCAGCCAUCCCGAGACAGCUUCGGUCGCCACCCAGACAAGCCCUUAACGGCUGCGCAUCAAAUUAUUGUAUAUUGUUUGCAUUAAGUGUACAGAAACUCUUUGUGAUUUGGACAUAAACUGCUAUUGCCUAGCAUGAUUGUGAAGCUUGAAGUUGUCAUGAAAGCAACGAUUUCUCAUUGCAUUAAUGUCUCAAGCAGUUAAAAGUAUUUCAUGGUGCAGACAAUAAAUCUUUUAGAACUACAUUUUUCUAUCAGUAUAUA